CGAUGGUGAAGGCAUGUUCCCUACUCUGCUUCUGAUUGGCUUGUACUCGUUCCUCGCAAGGCAUUCUGGGUACUGUCAUGGUGGCUGGCGCUUAGCUAAUGUUGCCAAAACGUUUUGCUACCUGGAUUUAGUUUAGUUGUUUUCUAAACGUUUUAAGUGCCUUUGGUAGCUUAAUUGUUCAGUGUUUUUGGGUUAAACCUGCCAUUAGCCAUGGCUUCCACCGCGGCGGGCAAACAGCGGAUACCGAAGGUGGCGAAGGUGAAGAAUAAAGCUCCCGCAGAGGUUCAGAUCACUGCUGAGCAGCUGCUGAGGGAAGCCAAAGAGAGGGAGCUCGAACUUCUGCCGCCGCCACCCAAACAGAAGAUCACCGAUGAGGAGGAGCUGAACGAUUACAAACUCAGGAAGAGGAAGGGGUUUGAGGACAACAUCAGAAAGAAUCGCACUGUCAUCAGUAACUGGAUCAAAUACGCACAAUGGGAGGAAAGCCUGAAGGAGAUCCAGAGGGCUCGUUCUAUUUACGAGCGAGCGCUGGACGUCGACCACCGCAACAUCACUCUGUGGCUGAAGUAUGCCGAGAUGGAGAUGAAGAGCCGGCAGGUGAACCACGCCCGCAACAUCUGGGACAGAGCCAUCACCAUCCUCCCACGUGUCAACCAGUUCUGGUACAAGUACACCUACAUGGAGGAGAUGCUGGGGAACGUCGCCGGCUGCAGGCAGGCGUUCGAGCGCUGGAUGGAGUGGGAGCCCGAUGAGCAGGCCUGGCACUCCUACAUCAACUUUGAGCUGCGCUACAAGGAAGUGGACAAAGCUCGCAGCAUUUAUGAGCGAUUCGUCAUGGUUCAUCCCGAGGUGAAGAACUGGAUCAAGUACGCUCGUUUUGAAGAGCGGCACGGCUACAUCGCCCACAGCCGGAAGGUGUACGAGAGGGCGGUGGAGUUCUUCGGAGAGGUUCAUGUGGACGAAAACCUCUUCGUGGCCUUCGCCAAGUUCGAGGAGACACAGAAAGAGUUUGAACGCGUCCGGGUGAUCUAUAAGUACGCUCUGGACAGAAUCCCCAAACACCAGGCGCAGGAGCUCUUCAAGUUCUACACCAUGUUCGAGAAGAAGUUCGGAGACCGCAGGGGAAUCGAGGACGUCAUCGUCAGCAAACGAAGGUUCCAGUAUGAGGAGGAAGUCAAGGCGAACCCACACAACUACGACGCGUGGUUUGAUUACCUGCGCCUGGUGGAGAACGACGCCGACCCCGACACGGUGCGAGAUGUUUACGAGAGGGCCAUCGCCAACAUCCCCCCCAUCCAGGAGAAGAGGCACUGGAAGCGAUACAUCUACCUGUGGAUCAACUACGCGCUGUACGAAGAGCUGGAGGUCAAGGAUCCUGAGAAGACGAGGCAGGUGUACCAGGCCUCUCUGGACCUCAUCCCACAUAAAAAGUUCACGUUCGCUAAGAUCUGGCUGCUCUACGCUCAGUUUGAGAUCCGGCAGAAGAACCUGCAGGGAGCCCGAAAGGUCAUGGGUACAGCGAUCGGCAAAUGCCCGAAGAACAAACUGCUGAAGGGCUACAUCGAGCUGGAGCUGCAGCUGCGCGAGUUUGACCGCUGCAGGAAGCUGUACGAGAAGUACCUGGAGUUCAGCCCGGAGAACUGCACCACCUGGAUCAAGUUCUCCGAGCUGGAGACCAUCCUGGGAGACGUCGAGAGAGCCCGCGCCAUCUUCGAACUCGCCAUCGGACAGCCGCGGCUGGACAUGCCUGAGGUGCUGUGGAAGUCCUACAUUGACUUUGAGAUUGAGCAGGAGGAGUUUGGAAACACCCGGAACCUUUACAAAAGGCUGCUGCAGCGCACCCAGCACGUCAAGGUUUGGAUCAGCUACGCCAAGUUCGAGCUGUCGAUCGACAGCGACGAGCGGCUGCAGAAGUGCCGGCAGAUCUACGAGGAGGCCAACAAGGGCAUGAGGAACUGCGAGGAGAAGGAGGAGCGGCUGAUGCUGCUCGAGUCCUGGAGGGACUUUGAGAGGGAGUUUGGCUCCGACAGCACCAUGGACAGAGUCCGGAAGCUGCUGCCGGAGAAGGUGAAGAAGAGGAGGAAGCUGACGGCCGAGGACGGGUCGGACGCAGGCUGGGAGGAGUACUACGACUACAUCUUCCCAGAGGACGCGGCCAACCAGCCCAACCUCAAGCUGCUGGCCAUGGCCAAGAUGUGGAAGAGGCAGCAGGUUCAGGAGGACCAAAGUCCAGAAAAGUCUCCCGAAGCGGCCGAAGAGACGGCAUCGCCGCCCUCGGGCGAGGCCGCAGCCGCUCCCGAGAUCCUGCCGGAAAACGACUCGGACAGAAACACGGCGACGGAAACGGAACAGGACAAGACGUGUGACGAUCGAGACGACAGCAGCAGCAGCGAGAGUGACAGUGAUGAUGAUGAUGAUGAUGGGAAGAAAAAGGGGGAAGAGGAUGGAAAGAAAGAGGAGGGCGGAGAUGGAGAUAAAGAGUAGAUUCAUGUUUCCCCCGCUCAAACGUUUUUUUUCUACUGAAUGUUUUCUUUAACAAAACCAGCUCACGAGUAGUCUUUAUUGUAUGACCAUGUUUUCUACAUUAUACAAACGUCAAUUCAAUCCCACUUUGUUGUGUUAUUUCUUAAGAAAAUGUUCAUUCUGAAUAUACAGGAAAUGGGAAAUUAAAAUGUGUACAGUGUGGCUCUCUGACUGUGACUGAAGUGGGAAGCAGCCUCUGUGACAGUUUAACUAUGUACAAUGUAACUGAGCAGGGUCUGUUAUUCCAUAUUAUUCCCAUGUGAUUAUCAGGGUGAAGAGGUAAAGAGGCGUCAGAGAGCCACCGUCUGUUAUUCGAUGUCCUCUGGUCGGACUGGGUGGGGCAGCGGGAUGAUGGACUUCUUCUCCGUGUCUCUGGACAGAGCUUUCCUCAUGUCUGCAACAAGGAAAGACCAAAUAGAAAGUUGUCAGUUUUUCAAAACUAAAAGGUCUCUGCUUGUUGUGGGGGAACAGCGCCCUCUUCUGUUGGAUGUUACAAAAACAGAUUUUCUUCCAGGAAAAUGUGCAGAACAGAGGCUUUUCUUUUUUUGUUUAAUACUAAUCAUCUACAGUUGGUGUGCUAAUUGAAAGUCCAUUAAAUAGGGCUAGUUCAUUGAAAAUACAUGAAAGAGUUGUUACUUCUAGUAGUAUCCAUCCACGCAGAUAGUUCUGGUGUCAUUCGUUCAGGUUUUCAGGUAAAUAAAACGUCCUCUGCUGCUCAA